CAACAGCGACUUUGUCACAGUAGUUAAAAUACAAAGAGGCAGCGAGACGCAUCCUUCUCUGACAGCAAAUAACAUGGAGUCUGAUCGUGAAGUACUUCGUCCAAGUGAGAUUACGAAGGAACGUGUCGAAGCUGCACUCAAAGCUGACAAGGGAAGCAAGGCCAAAAUGGUCUCUUUCGCGGUCCAGGAACUGACCAAACCAGGGGAAAAUUUUGCAAAUCUUGUGGCCAGAGUGAAAGUCAAAUUCUCCAGUGAAAACGGGGACGGCGAUGUUUCCUAUGUUGUGAAGUAUGACCCUAGACGAUCCAAAGCACUGAAGGACCUAAUGCUCGCCUGUUUCCAAAAAGAACUCGUAGUCUAUCAGAAUCUCGUGCAGGAAAUCCAGGCACAACUGCAAGCGGUUGGGGAGAAUCCCUUGAGAGUUCCCAAAUGUUUCUACGCUUCCUUAGAAGAGAAUCGAGAAAUAUUAUUCCUGGAGGACCUUGGCCCGAAAGGCUUUAAGAUGUUCGAGAUCAAGAACGGCCUAGACGUCGCCCAUACGACGCUCAUCCUCGAGGAACUGGCCAGACUCCACGCAGCCUCGUACCUCCUCAAGGCCAAGAUCCCAGACCUGGCCGAGAAGUACCCAGUCCUAAACCUGGAUUGGGUAACGUACGCAGACAGUGCACGGCGCAACACGCAAGGCCUCUUUGGGAAUAUCAUGGACUCAGCCUCCAAGUUGCUGCGUCACAUCGGCGGACGCGAAGUGGCGGUGGCUUGGCUCGAGGAGAACAAGACGAGAGCAGCAGAGAUCAUUGAGCACGAACUGAGGAGAGAGCCGCCCUUCGAUGUCUUGUGCCACGGAGAUUGCUGGAACAACAAUGUCCUCUUUAGGUACGACGACGAAGGUGUUCCAGUGGAGGUGAUGCUCCUUGACCUCCAGCUGGUCCGCGUCGCCUCGCUCGCCACUGACCUCAACUACCUGCUCCACACCAGCCUCAAAGGGCACACGAGGAGGGACAACCUCACAUCAUUCCUGUCGGCUUACUACGAACGCCUCAGUCAGGUCCUGGAGGCUGGUGGCGCCGCAGUGCCCUUCUCUCGCCAGGAUCUCACGCAGGAGUAUCGGAAUCACCUCGCCUAUGGACUGAUAAUGAUUUUACUGGGCGUGGUCUUCGGCCUGGGCGGGGAGGCGGAUGUCAGUCACUCAGAGGGUGGAGCCGACUUUCAGGAUCAAAGAAACGAGAAACUUAUCCGCGCGAUAGCAAGUAAACCGCACAUCCGCGAUAGAUUUUUGUUCGCGAUUAAUGAGAUGAUCGAAAACGGAAUUAUAACAUGAUUGUAAAAUUAAAAUGACCUAUUAAAGUGAUUCUACUAA